AUGGGAGAAUUCGGGAAAUCUGUGGGGGCUUACAUUCAAGCUUACAGGAAAGUGCUGAAGAUUACAGCCAUAGUGGUACUGGUUAUUUCUCUCAUCCUUCUUAUUGCUGGAGCCGUUUUGGUGGUCCUCAAUCGCAGCUACUUCGAUGUUAGUCUUGAUCUUUCCAUCGAUAAGGAUGAAGCUUAUUUUGAAAAGGAGCAAGCAACUGGAAAGAAAAUAUUCGCAGGAUUUGCAUUGCUUGCAACAGGCUUCCUCCUUCUUCUUGUGGCAGCAAGUAUGGGAUGUACCAUUCUCGAAUGUGGUAUAUUUGGAAAAUUAAUUGAAGAUGGCAACAAGUAA